UCCCAAGUAUACAUACACAUGCAUAAAACUUAAAACUCAACUCGCGGGUCAUACUAUUUAAAGAUCUAUCUCCAGAAAAGUUCAAUUCUAACGAUUUAUCUCUAGUCUCGAAGUAAGUCUUACAUAUAUUAGAAGUUAGCUCUAGAUUCUUUAACAUCUUUGCUAUGAAUUCUUUGAGUAGUUUUUCAGGGCUGAUUAAGAAAACUUUGCUCGACUCAAAUUGUAAACCUCUCAAAUGAAUUGCUUAGAAGCGAACGCAUAUUGAAUGCGAAUAAACACAAAUAAUAGAUUAGUUUCCUUAGAUACUUUACAUCAAUCAAUUGUAUCAGUUUUCUCGCCAGGUGCCAAAACACCUGUCGCCCAUUGGUGUGGCGAGAAUGCAUAUAAAAGCCCUUACAGCUGGCCACGAAAAUACAGUUACAUUUGUUGCAUGUGCCAAACGAGAUCAUGAACUGCCUGAACCUGAACGCGCUGAGCCUGUUGAGCUUCGUGUGGUGCGCCACAGCGUUAGUGCACUACCAGAAAAUGGACAAGGGAACCAACGGAUGCAAACCCAAACCGGAGCCAGAUGCCAAGCCAGAUGACGAAAUUAUCGAACUGAAAGUGGGCGGAGUAUUGAAAGAUAAAAACACCUGCGGCAUCUAUGUGUGCCAGAACACACAUGGCGAUGCAUUGAUUCAUUACUGCCAGAAGCCGGUGCCCUUCGAAAUGUGCAGCACCGACGGUGUGGCAACAGAUACACCGUUCCCAGAGUGCUGCUGGAAGUGUGUAGGCUAUGUGAGCUGUGAUAGCCCGCAAUUGGCCGCACUACCAGAGAAAGUCGAAUUAUCACCCGAAGAACCACAAGGAAGAAAUAUCCGAAAACUCGUCGCCGAUGAAAAUCCAGCCAAAAGGAACAAAAAGAAAACGAAUCUCUUCAAACACAAACAUUGAGAGUAUGAGCAGAUCAAUCAUUAUCAAUAGGGUUAAUAUAUAGUUAGCCAUUUUUCGAUCAUGUAAAGUUUUUACUAUCUUAAUAAAACAAAUUUAAUUAAAGUGUAUACAAAAA